GCUCCUUGGUUGGACACUUGUGGGAAACAAAGAUCCUAUUCUUUCUGUUGUUCUUCAGUCAAACGCACUGUAAUCAACAGGCCCUCAACAUGCCGACUGAAGCCCAGACUGAUGCCCGCUCCUUCCUGAGCGAGGAGAUGAUCACUGAGUUUAAGGCUGCCUUCGAUAUGUUUGAUACUGAUGGAGGCGGCGACAUCAGCACCAAGGAGUUGGGAACCGUGAUGAGGAUGCUGGGUCAGAAUCCAAGCAGAGAGGAGCUGGAUGCCAUCAUUGAGGAGGUUGAUGAAGACGGCAGCGGCACCAUUGACUUUGAGGAGUUCUUGGUGAUGAUGGUGCAACAGAUGAAAGAAGAUCAGGCAGGCAAGAGUGAGGAAGAGCUGUCUGAAUGCUUCCGUGUCUUUGACAAAAACGGAGAUGGUUUCAUUGACCGUGAGGAGUUCGCUGAUAUCCUACGUUCCACUGGGGAGCCAAUAUCAGAGGAGGAGAUCGAAGAACUCAUGACAGACGGAGACACAAACAAAGAUGGCAAAAUUGACUUUGAUGAGUUUUUGAAAAUGAUGGAGAACAUUCAGUAAAGAUGCCACAUUCCACCCUUUCAUCUUCAACUUCAUGAAACAACCUGGCAGAAAUUUAAACUCAUGGAAAAUUCAUGGAAGAAAAUUUAUCUCAUGGACAAUGUGGAAUGGAUGGGAAGACACACUGGCAAUGGCCUUCUGGAAUGUUCUCUUUGGGACAGUGGAAAUGGCUAUAAAUAACUCAAACCCUUUAAAGAGGAAUUCGUGCUCACACACACCCCCCACCCCAUUGCCCAUAUGUCCCAGCUUCUUCAUGACAUAUGAUCUACCGCUCCUUGAAAUCAUGACCCUCCUUUUGCCCUACUUGCCCACCCUGUAGUGUUCCUAAAUAAACCAGACUCAGUCUGCCUUCAUGU